AUGUCUCGGAGUAUCAUUACUGCGACUACUGCCAUCGCCAGGGACCGUGCUGGUCAUCCCACCAGAACAACACCUGCUCAGCGCCACGAGCGUCCCGUGCUGGCUGAUGAUCCUCCCGAGGUCUACGAAGCCAUUUUGCUGGCUCCUGGCGAGAAGAAGAUCGACGUCGAAGUUGAUACCCGCCUCCCCUCUGCUGCCAUCUUCACCUUCCACAAGGAAGACCACACCCUUGGCAACAUGCUGCGCACCCGUCUCUUGAAGACUCAGCAUGUCGUCUUCGCUGCCUACCGCGCUGUCAUCAACGCCUCCCAAGCUCUCAUCAAGGACCUUGGCAUAUUCUCGCGCGAGUUCACCAAAGAGUACGAGCUACGCAAGGCGGCCAACGCUGCGAACCAGCAACAGCAGCAGAACAUUGCCGAGUAA